AUGUCCUGCCGGAGUUUGAGGGCACGGCGGCGCCUCUGGCCCCCGCAUCUGGCGGGGGUGGGGGGGCCGGCGCCGAUCGAAGAAAGCCGCAUGGACGUGCAAAAGUCUAUAUACUUAUGCCGAUGUUUUCUUCGCAAUCUGGCGCCCGUCAAGGAGCCCACUGACGAGUGGCGACUCUGCACGAUGAGAGGGGCCUACUGGCUGGAGGUCUCCGUCAGCUCGUCCUCCGUCUCCUCCUGCUCCUGGGACGACCGUGCCGAGGACUUGGGUCCGCGAGAGCUGCCACCGAAGUGCAGGGAGAAGAUCGCGGAGAUGGCCCUGUCGCUGGGGUGCUCCCCGAAGCCGCGGUACCCUUCGCGCCCGGCCUUCGGCGGCCUUCACGAACUGCCUGCACACCUCCUCGUUGGAGAAACUGGAUAG